UAUGUGACAACGGAGUUAUACCGCAGCGUCGAAGAGGAAAGCCCGCAAACCCAUUCACUUCUUUCUUGUGAUGUGACCAAACGAAUAAUUACAUUUAGCAUUAAAAAGAGGUGAUAUUCCGACGCAACGGUGAGGUAAUGACAAAUCGGCUAAUUAUAAACAGUUGGCUGUGUGACACGCACCUUUCUCCUUAUUAUGUGGACAAAAGACCCGCCCCAAACAUGUGCGUCUUUAAGCCAUCACCUUUCAUCAUAAAGCCACUGAUGCAAACCGCACAGCCCCUUUGCCCGAUGAUGAUGAACCCUAAGCGCACCGAAACGGGCCUCAACCACCCCAGCGAGUUUCGAGAGAGCAGCCGGGCAGGGGAACCAAAAAUACAGCCGGAAUGGAGGAGCUAUUUGGGGAUGGAAGUCUCGAAGAAUCGACGCCUCUCCGGGACAGGAUGGCCCUCUACCAGGCGGCUGUCUCCAAACAGGAUGCCACUUCAGUCAGUACGGAUCUGCAAGAAACAUUUGACAGCAAACAAAAGGAGAACGUGCCACCCUUCUCAUUGGACACUAGUGCAGAGACUGAGCCACCAAUCAGCAGGAGAAGUUUUACGGUCGAGAACAACGGUGCUGACAAUGCUACAAACUGCUCUCCAGCGAAAACUCCAAGGAGUUUCUGCCUGCCCAUGCGGGAGCCAUGCGUGUCCUGCCAGAAAACGGUUUAUCCACUAGAGAGGCUGGUGGCCAAUCAGCAAGUUUUCCACAGCGCUUGCUUCCGCUGCUGCCACUGCAACACCAAACUCAGUUUGGCCAACUACGCCUCCCUGCACAACAACGUGUACUGCAAGCCGCAUUUCUGCCAGCUCUUUAAGGCCAAGGGCAACUACGACGAGGGCUUCGGCCACCGGCCCCACAAGGAGCUAUGGGAGAGUAAAGGAGAGUCUAUCGAGACGGUGGAGAUGUCGUCACAGUCGAUGGCUUCUCAGGCAGGUUCUCACUACUCCAACCUGUCCAGUCCCAGCGUGGAGGAUUCCCCCAUCGCCAAAGUCAACGUCCUGACCGCAACCAUGGAGGCUCUGGGUCAAGGAUCCCCAGAGAAGAGCGACAAGCCGCUAGAAGCGCGGCGGCUCAAAAUCUCCUGGCCGCCGCAACCGGAAAACGACGACGUCCACGUUGGCUACGCCGCGUCCGCCGACGGGGCCAGCAUGCCCAUCCGAGCCAAGUGGCCUCCGGAGGACUCCUCUCCGCCGCGCGAGCAAGCCAGAGGAGCUUCCUCCCUGGAGCGGAGCUUCUCCUUGAAGGAACUCUGCAUAUCCUUCACGUCGCCCGAGCGAUCUUCAGCCGUCGACCCCGAGACGGAGUCCCAGCUGGCGUGGUCGAGAGGAAACAACGUCUUCGGAAAGAAAGGCGAAGACGGGUCGGAGAACGAAGACGAAGACGCGCCGGAGAACGACGGCGAAGACGUGAAGUUAGAAGACAGGCAACAGCAUCAAGUGAAUCCCACUCAGCAGAAGGAUCAGACAGACGGAAAAGAAGAAGAAGAGUCAAAACCCGAGAAGACGGAGGCUAGCCGCUCGCCCCAGGAUGUGGGCUUCUGGGACGGGGAGGACGCCGACGACAAGGCAGAGCUGGAGAUCAGCGUCGAAGAAAUGAUCAAACAAAAUCGCUACUUUGACGUAGAGGAUGACGACGACGAUGACGACGACGACGAGUGCGAUUUUUAAAGUUGAGAGGAUAUUCGGUCGCAAUUGUCGACCGAGCUUUUGCGCUGUGCCUCUUUUCUACAUUCCCAGACAUUUCUUUGCUUCUUCUUAGCUUUUUAAGUGUAAUGUCAUUCAAAUGUAUUCAAUUUGGCAGAUAUUUUUACACGCAAAUGACCAAGAGUCGGAUGUAUUUUACGCUAUCUUUUGGAAUUUGAACGUGCUUUGUCACUGUAGAUGACUUCUUUGUUGGAAACUGCAAUGACUGUUAUGAAAAUAAAACCAAUUCUUCAA